UUUAGCAUUUAAGGCUUUCAUUGGGAGGCUUGGAUUGGAAGUCACUAUAAAACGCCUUACAAACGAAUGCCUUACAAACAUUUAGUAAAAUGAAGUCUGUCAUUAUACUGAGUACCUUAGUUUAUAUAGCAUCAGCCACAGUCGUACGAAAAUGGCACCGUAGUGAUAAUGGAGCCUUAUAUUUUAUAGAACCUGAACAAAAGUUCAAUUGGUUUGAAGCCUGGAAUGAAUGUGCUCGCAAAAAUAUGUCCUUAAUAGCCAUUGAUCGUUACGAGGGCCACUACCAAAUUGAUUCUUUAAUCAGGAAAUUAUUUACUACUUGCCCCUCGUUCUGGCUGGCAGGCAACGACAAUGCUGUGGAUGGUCGUUAUGAAUGGGCUACCACGGGGGAGAUAUUCACCUUCACCAAUUGGGGUUCCGGCCAACCUGGACGAACAACUGGUGAACAUUGUAUUCUGCUCUGGACCACCUGGGACUGGCAUGACUUGACUUGCACCCAUAAAUUAGGCUUCAUUUGUGAAGAGAAUCGAGCUGUGAAGGAAAAAUGCAAAGGCAAGGAUUCAGAUGACUACAUGGGUUUUGGCAAGACUUUCAUAUGGAGAAACUACAAUGGCAAUGUUAAUUAGGGGAAAAAUUAUAUUUUAAAAACUUUGUCAGAUGGGGAGGAAAUAUACAAAUAUACUAGAAUAUCCAAAACAACUAAAAGUGUGCUAUGUUCGGCCGGGCCGAAUCUUAUAUACCCUCCACCAUGGAUCGUAUUUGUCAAGUUCUUUGAAUGACUUUUUCAAUAUAUAUAUGAGCUACAUGAAGUUAUUGACUGAUA